AUGCGUUUUCAACUUCAACUUUUGGCUCUCUUGAGCCUGCUAACUGCUGCUAUUCAAGCCUUGGACCCGUGCGAUUGCCCAAGUAGGCGAUAUGGGCCAGUUGAUGUGACCUUCGUAAUCGAUGGAUCGAAAGAUGUUGGACAAGACAACUUCAAGGACAGCCGUGAAGCGAUGGUCGUUUUCCACGGUGAAUCAAGCAUUGAGUUCCCGCUAGACGGCGUCUCAAAUGCGGAUGUAGACCAAAAAAUCAACGCCGUGCAAUAUCCGACUCAACAGACUGGUGUUAACAUUGCCCUAGGCAUGGACGCAGCAACAAGAGAUAUUUUCAAUCGCCAUCAACGUUCAGCGCAAAGAUACAUGAUCAUUGUCACGGGCAACAAUGACCAAUCGGAUGUGAGGGCCGAACGCAGCCUUGCCAGUGAAAUCGGUGUGACUGUAAUUGCAAUCGGUAUUGAGCAUCGUUUUUUUUUNNNGCCUGAAAGCUAUGAAGAGUGA